AAAGCUUCCCGCCUCCCUGAAUAAGCAAGGAGCCAGAUAUGCAACACUAAUUGAAAACCUGCACGAAAGCUUUGUAACCCGGUUCCGUGAUAUACAACUGAAAAGGCCACAGGUUACAUUCCUCGUCGACCCAUUCAACGCGGAGAUGGACUGUUUGAAAGCCCCGCUUGUCACGGAUGAGGCUGCGGCUGAGUUGGAGAUGAUCGAUCUUCGUGAGGAAGACCAACUGAAACCUGUUUUGAGGGCAGGCACCAUUGAGUUUUGGAAAAGUGUGCCAUUGGAAAAAUACCCGAAUGUGAAACGGGCUGCGCUUAAGAUACUGUCAAUGUUUGGGUCAACAUACGUCUGCAAGUCUCUGUUCUCUACCAUGAAACGUGAAGUUAAAGCAUCGUUCUGUUCUGACUGAAACCCAUGUGAAAGAACUGCUUCGAAUGGCAACGAUGGAAUACAAGGCAGAUUUGAAGAGGAUUGUUCAAAGCAAGGAAUAUCAGAAGUCCCACUAAGCAACAUGCAUAUGGGACACCCAGGUCUGCAAUGGCGGUGAAGGAGCGUGUAGAGGCUGUGCUGAAUGUGGGCUUGCGGGUUCCCAGCAUCAUGCUGCUGGAGGUGCUGUACCGCUGGGACGUGAGCUCCUUCUUCCAGAAGAUCCAGAGAAGCAGUAUGAACAAUAACCCCCUCUUCCAGUACAAGUACCUAGCCCUCUACCUGCACUAUGUAGGCUAUAUUCUGAGUCUGGUUUUGCUGACCCUGCCUCGUCAGCGUCUUGUUCAGCUUUACCUGUACGUCCUCACUGCUCUACUGCUUUUUGCUGGACACCAGAUUUCAAGGGACUAUGUACGUGGUGAGCUGGAGUCUGGGUAUGAGGGCCCUCUCUACUUGGAGCCUCUGUCUAUGAACCGUUUCGCCACGGCCCUAAUCUGCCAGCUGGUGGUGUGUACUCUGUGUUCAUGUGUGAUGCAGACCAAACGGAUCUGGCUCUUUUCAGCCCACUUGCUACCCCUGGUGGCCAGAUUGUGUCUUGUGCCUCUGGAGACCAUUGUGUUUGUAAAUCGCUUCGCCAUGAUUUUCACUGGAUUAGAGGUCAUCUACUUCCUAGCCUCAAACCUACUAGUGCCCUUCAACCUUGCCAAAACUGCAUACAGGGAGCUGGCACAGGUGGUGGAGGUGUAUGGGCUCCUGGCCCUUGGCAUGUCCCUGUGGAAUCAGCUUGUUCUGCCAGUGCUAUUCAUGUGCUUCUGGCUAGUUCUGUUUGCUCUGCAGAUUUACACCUAUUUCAGCACUCGAGACCAGCCCACUUCGAGAGAGAGGUUGCUUUUCCUUUUUCUCACCAGUAUUGCGGAGUGCUGUAGUACUCCAUACUCUCUGCUUGGACUGGUGUUCACUGUGUCAUUUGUAGCUCUGGGUGUGCUCACACUCUGCAAGUUCUACCUGCAGGGCUACAGGGCCUUCAUGAAUGACAACACGAUGCACAGGGGAAUGACUGAGGGCAUCACGCUGUUAAUUCUGGCAGUACAGACUGGUCUAAUUGAGCUUCAGGUCAUCCACCGAGCCUUCCUUCUCAGUAUCAUUCUCUUCAUUGUGGUUGCUUCCAUUUUGCAGUCCAUGCUGGAGAUUGCUGACCCCAUAGUGCUGGCACUAGGGGCAUCCAGAGAUAAGAGCUUGUGGAAACACUUCCGUGCAGUCAGUCUGUGCCUGUUUCUCCUCGUAUUCCCAGCUUACAUGUCCUACAUGAUCUGCCAGUUCUUCCACAUGGAUUUCUGGCUUCUCAUCAUCAUCUCCUCCAGCAUCCUUACAUCUUUGCAGGUGUUGGGCACAUUGCUGAUCUAUGUGCUCUUCAUGGUGGAGGAGUUGCGCAAGGUGCCAAUGGAGAACAUGGAUGACGUGAUCUAUUGCGUGAAUGGCACCUACCGGAUGCUGGAGUUUGUGGUGGCUCUGUGUGUAGUAGCAUACGGCGUUUGUGAGACAGUGUUUGGUGAAUGGACUGUGAUGGGCUCCACCAUCGUCCUUGUACACUCCUACUACAACGUGUGGCUGCGAGCACAGCUGGGUUGGCAGAGCUUUUUACUCCGCCGCGAUGCCGUCAACAAGAUCAAGAGCCUGCCUACAGCCUCUGAACAGCAGCUGCAGCAACACAAUGACAUCUGCUCCAUCUGCUAUCAGGACAUGACUUCAGCUGUCAUCACACCAUGUAAUCACUUCUUCCAUGCUGGCUGUUUGAAGAAGUGGCUGUAUGUUCAGGAGGCCUGCCCUCUGUGCCACAGCCAGCUAAAGAGUUCAGCACAGCGGGAGGCAGGUUUGGAUGUGCUGCCACAACCUGAUGUCACUAUCCAGGAGGCCCAGCCAGAGGCACCCAUGCCUGCCUCGACCUCAGCUGAAGUGGAAAAUGGUGAGGAAGGGAAAGUGGAGGCCAACACUCCUGCUGAGACUGAGCUUCCUCUGUCCUCUUUCACAGGUUAAUGGCUGCUCUUGCCAGGCUCUCCAACCAAAAAUGAGCCACACCCCUCUGAUGUCAUAUUGUGUAAAUGCUGGCCAAAGGAGGGGGAUAUUUCUGAAUAUGGAAUUUGGUGGGUAGCAGCAUUUAGUAAUGUGGUAGCUUUAGGACCUGUGCCCAACAGACAUUCUUACAAUCAAAUGCUCCAUAUUAUGUCCUUUGUACUUAUCUGUAAGCCUGUUGCUGCUUUUAUAACUUUCAUUUCUGUUUACUGCAGUGGCAUUUUGCUAAUAGGAAUGCUUGAACACCUAACCCCAAAUACUUAAAAACAUCAGCUUAUAAACCUGAACAACUACUGUCAAUCCAAGGACUACAGUUUCUAGACCUUACCAACCUGAAUGUGACCAUGUGUCCCUUAGACAGUGCAUUGGUGCACCCAAUACAUAUUCACUAGCACGUUUUUAGCAUCCAUAAAUAGCAGUAGCCAUAUGGUAUUCUUUGUGUGUGUGUGUGUGUGUGUAUAUAUAUAUAUAUAUAUAUAUAUAUAUAUAUAUAUAUAUAUAUAUAAUUUUUAUUAUUAUUUUUUAAAACAGUUAUUCCAUGAAAUCAAGUUGUACAUGAGCUGAUGAGCCAUGUACGACGAGAUUGGGUGGAAUAAGUGUUUUAUUAUAUCCACAUUCACUGAAUUUUAUGAAACGGAGCAUUUUUAGUUUUUGCAAAUUCGAUAAAUUAAAACUUUUAUACAAAAUGUCUGACAAAAUAAUUUCCGCUUACAAUGUAAACAAACCGGCGAAAUGACAGUACCAAUUUGUGAAAAAUGCUAUAAGAAUUCUUGAAAAAUAAGCUGCAUUCUUACCAUCAAGUACUUUUAUUCCAUAUUUUGUUGCUUUUUUUGGGGGGGGGGCUGUUAUUUUUGAGAAGUUAUUUCGUCCUUGGGUGGUUCAGCAACACACUCUGCCAUUUUGUUUCUCUACUCAUGGUAUAUAAGCGGAUAGCCUAGUAGUAGGGUAGCCAAUCAGAGCACGCAGUUGCUCAUAUCCAGUGAAUGUGGAUAGGAAAUUAAAGUGUGUAUAUAUAAUAUACACACACACACACAUUUUUUAUAUAUAUAUAUAUAUAUAUAUAUAUAUAUAUAUAUAUAUAUAUAUAUGAGAAUGACAUGAGCAUUUUACUGGGAAAUGCGCCACUUGUAUUUUUCAUGCGAACUACAUCCCCGACCUGAGUAACAUAUUUUCCAAUAUCUUCACUCGUUAGGAUAUCGAUGUCACUUCUAAUGUUUUCCCACUGACUUGAGACACGUUGUCAAAAUGGCGAACCAGUUAAAAAUUAAAAUUCUUUUGAUUAACUUAUGUAUUUUUUUUUGUGGAUGUGUCCAUAUAAUAAAAAGAAUAUUACACAGUGGUGUGAAGAUAUAAAGUUUAUCUUCGAGUGGUGAACAUGUUUCAUGAGUGAGUGCAGCGAACAUGUUCACCACCCAAAGACAAGCUUCAUAUCUUUGCAUCACCGUGUAAUAUCCUCUCUAUAACAAGUGUGUAUGUAUUUGUAUGCCACUGCAUUUGCACUAAUGUAACACAAAAGCAAUGCUCCAAAGUUGUCUUGUCAGGUACCAAAUAUUUUGGUGUGUAUGUGCAUUGAAACAAGUUCUAGAUAUGUUCGUACAUGAUGAUGUAAAUGUCUUUGUAAAACACUUUUUGUCUGUUUUGAUAUGCAAAAGUACAGUAUUAAACAGCACCAGGCUGUGUGAAGUGGCUGAGGCUUUCAUGAGCACUUUAAUGACUUCAGUGUGUGGUCAAAGUGGGAAAAGCUAAAGGCCAUGGAUGUGAACUGGUGACAGUGAUGACAAACUCCCUUUCAUCAGUAUUAUUUGGCAUUUAUUGCAUUUGUGAGCAUGAAUACAUUUAACAAUGUAUGAGCAAACUAAGCAAUGCCACUUUUAUUUAUUAGUUUGCAAUUUGACUUUCUUCAAAAGGACAUGACUUGGAAGGAAAGGAAUUGAAUUUUUUUUUUAAACGGGGGGAUUUUUUAAAAGAAUGUUUCGGACAUAUUUUGCCACUUUAACUGAGAAUGAAGAGCCUGGUCCUUGCAUCAUUCUGAUUGUUCUCUUUGUUGCUAUGUCACUACAUGAAUAUGUGAAAUGAUGUUCUGAGCAAGCUGACUGCUGUUUGGAUUGCAACUGAGCUUCAUAAAAUAUGCCUGAGGUUUGACAAUGAAUGUGAGAAUAAAUCAAAACCUAUCAUCUGAAA